AUGUCGAGGGAGCAGCUUUGCCGAGAGGCAGUUGUCAGGGCGGCAGACCCAGGCCACACACUCGAUCCACAGGGGUAUCGAAGGGAUGGACAACAUUUACCAUCAGGACAACGUCCGGCCGACGGUUGCGGACCUGGACCCGAUGACCCAGUUCAUCCGCAACAUCUACAACCUGAGCCUGAUUGUCAUUGGAGUGACGGUGGCUGCCUGGCUGCUGCUCCUCCUGACCAACAUCCACCCGCACCGGUACCUGCCGUUCCCCACGUACGUCCUGGGCAUCAUCAUCUUCGUGGCGAUGGUGACGAUGCACUGCCUCCCCACACUGUCCUACUACUCGCCUUGCAAGUGGAUCAUGACGAGCCUGGUGGUGUUGUGCACCACCGUCGCCGGCUGCUGCAUAAUCGACGAGCUGAGCAUGCUGACCAUCAGCCUAGUGAUGAUUGGGGUGGCCCUGAUCAUCCUGGUGCUCAACUUCUCGGGGGCCAAGUGCCCACAGGAGUUCCUGCCCGGCGGCGUCUGCUCCACGCUGCUGAUGAUGGCCCUGCUACUGGUGCUGAUCGCCGUCGGAAUCGCCCAGCUCUGCACCGGGAACGUGGAGCUGCUGGACGCCUUCGUCAGCAUCCUGUUCGUAAUGCUGAUCAUCGCGAUCCCCAUCCAGGCGCAGUUCAACCACGGUCGCCUCGACGUCGUGGAGGUGAUUCCCAAGGAGCACCUAAUGGUCUGCACUCUGACCUUGUACCUGCACUCCAUGAUGUUCUUCUGCUGCGUUUGCUACUUUAUCCUGGUGGACGAGAGAAAGGCCUCCACCGCGACAACGCUGGAUCCCAGGAAUGGGAUGACCCUCGAAAAUGACUUCGAUUGAGAAAUCCUUCUGUGUCCAUUGUAACGGGUACAAAUUCGCCGCGGCAUAGAUUCAACGACUCUACAGUCCGGAUCUUCCCGAACUAUGCAGUCUUGCAUUGGCCGAUAAGAAAAAGCCAGUACGUACAUUCCUAAAGGCUUUCGGAAAAUCCGCAUUCCAGGAACAUUACUAUAUAGGAAUUGCUAGAAAUAUAAACAGAGCUUGGGCCAUGCUUAGCAAUAAAUUAAAUUCAUGUUACAAAAA